CCUUGCCUUCCCCUCACGCACUCCUGUCUCUCUCUUCCCACCCCCAUCUCAGACACCAACAAUGCCUUUCACCGGCUCUGACAUUUGCAAGAUCCUUUUCGCGAUCAUCCUUCCGCCCGUUGGCGUCUUCCUUGAGCGAGGCUGUGGUGCUGACCUCCUGAUUAACAUCGUUCUGACGUGCUUGGGUUACAUCCCCGGUAUCAUCCAUGCGCUCUAUAUCAUCCUCAAAUACUAGGAAAAGAGACGCGCUUCGCGUGAAUACUCAUGAUUCGUUACGACCACGAACGCUUGUAUUCAUGGACUCUUCAUGAUGUGUUGUAGAUCUACCAGUACUUUGAUACGUCCCUUUGGAGUUUAAUGUAUCGUAUACCCUGACUGGUGUGUGAUAGCCCAGAAUGUUCAAACGUUCACGUAUUCUCGCGGACUGUUGAGUUGGAGUGAAUCCAAGGUCGUUCGAGCGCACAUUCCGCACACAGGAACGGCACACCACGAGGCCUUGUGAUGCUACUCGCUGGCAGCUACCGUCCUCGUUCGGGCUUCAGUACGCGAGCAAUGAAUUAUAUCGACACGAGCCACAAUCACAUCUGAGAUGUAA